AGUCCAGGCAGUGACGUGUGGCGGGCAGAGCAGUGCCGGCCGCCCUGAGAGCACAGCCCCAUGCAGUGCCCUGGAGCCUGUCACCCACCUCCACCACCCACCGUGGUCCCCACGACCACCCCAUGUUCCGUUCCCGCCGUGCGGGGCUGGUGCGGAGGCUGUGGCGGCAGCGCUGUGCGGCAGCCAGCCCCGAGGAUGGCCCCAGUGCCCUCAAACUAGCGGCACAUGCCCUCUUCAAGAAGCUGAAGGACGAGGAGCUGGAGUUGCUGGUGCAGGUGGUGGAGAGCCGAGGCGCCUGGGAGUCUGGCUGUGUUUUGGCACCACGGGGGGACCCACGAGGGGUCAAGCAGGUCCCCCCUCAAGUCCUGCUCUGUCGUCUCUUCCGCUGGCCUGACCUUCACCAGUCCCAUGAGCUCAAGCACCUCUGCUACUGUGCUGGGGGCCAGGGGUCCUGUGGAGACUUGGCUGUGCUAUGCUGCAACCCCCAUCAUUUCAGCCGCCUGGCUGUCCCUGAAACCCCGCCACCCCCCUACUUGAAGGCAUCCUGUGGGCCCUCCUGGCCAGAUGAGCCCCAACACCCCAGCACUCAGCUCCUGGAAUUCAGCUACAACGGUGGGGACUGGUGUGACACCAGCCUGUCAUGGAGCACCAUCAAGGAUGGCUGUUGGUGUAAACUGGCUUACUGGGAGUACCGGACACGCGUGGGCCGCCUCUACGCCGUGCAUGAGGCAUCAGUGAAUGUCUUCUGUGAGCUGCCGUGGGGCAGUGGGUUCUGCCUGGCCCAGCUGCCAGCUGCCUACCGCAGCUGCGCCGUCCGGCGAGCACGUGGCAAGAUUGGCCGGGGGCUGCUGCUGAGCCGGGAGCCAGGUGGUGUCUGGGUGUACAACCGCAGCGAGCACCCCAUCUUUGUCAGUUCGCCCACCCUGAGCCCCCCCGGUGCCUGCAGGCUCACUGUUCUCAAAGUGCUGCCUGGCUACUCGGCAAAGGUGUUCGAUUACGAGUGGGCGGGGGACAGAGAGGGUUGGCAGCUACCUAGGGAGGGACCCUGUGACCCCCACAGUGUCCGCAUCAGCUUUGCCAAGGGCUGGGGACCCUGCUACUCCCGGCAGUUCAUCACCUCCUGCCCAUGCUGGCUUGAGGUCCUGCUGAACCAGCCACACUGAGGCUGGGGCUGGUGGGGGAUGCCAGGGAACUUCCCCCAAAGCAGGUUCACAAGCUGGGGGGCCCUUCUACUGUACUUCCAUGGCUGUGUUGAAGCAGGAUUGUCCUGGCUCUGGGGACUCUCUGUCUGAGUGCUGACUGGAUGCAGUGCCCCCCUUGCAUGCUCACCACUUUACCAGGACCUGCUUCCACCAGCCAUGAGACAGGACACUAUUUAAUACCUUUUUUAUUUUCUUUUAAUUUUAUUAUUUUAAUGUUCAACUUUAUAUUAAUUUAUCUAUUUUUGUAAAAAAGGCAAGGAAGGAGGCAGGAGUCCCCAUUGUCAGGGCCAGGCCUGGGGGUUGGAAGCCAGGGCCAGUGGGGACAGGAGGAGCAGGAGAGAAGGGAGGUGGGAGAGAGUGAGGAGGAGGUGGGGAGCUAUGGGCCUGGAUGUGACUGUAGACAAGGAAUGGGAGUGAACUGGCACGCGUGGAGGGUGGGGCAGGUGAGCACAGCUGGAGCGUGGGGCAGGUUAGAGCAUCUGGUGUGGGGCAGGUGGAAUGAGAGGCGGGGGGCAGGUGAGCACCCCUGGGGUGGGGACCGGUUCAGGGUUACCCGAGAUGAGUCCCAGGCCCCUUGGGGGAGUCCUUCAACAGUUCGGGCAGCAUGGGGGAGCCCCGCAUCCCCGAUUGCCCGAAUCGUGUCUGCUGUUUUUAACCCAAAUAAACGGUGCCACCGGCACCAAGAGAC